AUGAUUGGAUCAAACAACGCUGAAACUGGUGGUCUAUGGACUUCCAGAAAACCUCAGUUCUGGCGUUCGUUAAGGUAUUUAUUAAAGAAAGAUAUAAUCACAAAAGUUCGACAUUUUCCUUCAAUAAUUGAGUUUUUAGGCGCUUGCACUUUAACAUUACUUUUAUUCCCUAUUUAUCACUAUGCAAGAUUUAAAGUACCAGAAAAUCCAAAUCCCGAAAUGGAAGGACCUGCAAAUAUAAACUUAACUUUAGGUAUCUUUUUAUACGGAGUUGGAAAAGCAGUUCCACGUAUUGUUUUAUUACCAAACUGUUCUAAUACACGAUUUUUAAAGGCAAUGGUCAUUGACAGACUUGCAGAACAAAUAAAAAUCAAUUCAACGAUAGUUGACACUGUUGAUGAGAUGCGUAACUUCAUAUAUCAAACAGACAGCAAUGCCAUUGGUUUACAUUGGAAAAAUGGAAAUGCUUCAGAUGCAAUGAGAAAUCCUCAGUUUACCAUCUACGAACAAGUCACUUACGGACGUCCUGAAGAAGGUCUAAUUCAAGUUAUCGUAGAUUACCUCACAAUGAUGCCAUUUUCUCCAAAAAUUUCUCAUAUUGACAGACAACCGUUUCCCACAAAGAAAUCGUUUAAUGAAUUCGAUAUACAAUUAUUCUUUGCCUUCUUUGGCAUUGUCCCCGUUAUUCUAGCAACGAUGCCAGUUAUUCAAAGUAUUAUUGACGAAAAAGGAGAGAAAAUUACAACUUUAAUGUUCCUUAUGGGCAUGACGGAGCUCCAGUAUUGGAUAGUAAACUUCGUAAUCAUGAUUGGAUUCAGCUUAAUCGCGUAUCUCUUCUUCGCCUUGGAAAUGUGUUACUGGUUCGGUAUGAAAGGAACCGAUUUUAGCCUUUUCAUGGCCUUCACCUUCUUAUUUAUGGUCGCUCAUACGUUCUUUAUGUCAUGUGUUAUGGUUUGUAUGCAGAAAUCCGAACACGGACGUUCCCAAGCUAUUGUAUUUGCCGUGUUCGGUAUUUUCUUCUGCUACGUCCACCAGUUUUACACACUACAACCAAAUGCUUCCGAUAAGGCCAAGCACGGUAUGUCCAUUUUCCCACUUUCUACGUACGAAGUCAUGGUAAUGAAUUUUUACGACCACGUUAAGAGGGGUUACAAUGGCUACCAUUGGUCGGAUUUCUAUCAAGAUUCACCUUACAAGAUUUCAUGGGGAUUCAUGUGGUUCGGAAUUGACAUAGUUGUUUACGGUAUCAUAUUCCUUCUUUUGAACACCUUCUUACCAAGACAUUUCGGAGUUCAGCCGAUGCAUAUCCAAGAUGUCUUCAAAUUAAGCGCCUGGAAAGCAUUAUUCCAUGGAAAAGGCCAGAUAGACUAUAACAAGGUCAAAAACGCAGACAUCGCCAUAAAAGUUGACCACUUACACAAAGUUUUUUCAGGAGCCACGCCCGUAACAGCCGUAAAAGAUGUUUCCUUCCAAGUAAAGAAAGGCGAAGUGAUUGUCAUGAUCGGGCCGAACGGUGCCGGCAAGAGCACGAUCAUAAACACCCUCAGUGCCGCAAUAAAAUGUUCUGGUGGCGAAAUUUCACUUUUUGAUGGUGAUCCGACCAAUCAAUUCCAAGAGAUCCACAACUAUCUUGGUAUUUGCUUCCAAGACAAUGUCCUCAUUGGUCUUUUAUCUGUACGCGAGCAUUUCGAGUUGUUUGGAGCUCUCCGCGGUAUCCAAAAAGAAGAUCUCGACUGCGCGAUUGACUUUUUCGGAACAACUCUUCAAAUGUCGCACCAAAUGAGUACAAGAGCAAAAGAUCUCAGUGGCGGACAAAAGAGAAAACUGUGUUUGGCACUUUCUCUUCUUGGAAAUCCUCCAAUUGUUGUCAUGGAUGAACCAACAGCUGGUGUUGAUGUUCAAGCAAGACAAUUGAUUUGGCAGACAAUCUCUGGUCUCAAGGAUUCGACGUUGAUCAUCACAAGCCACGCAUUGGAAGAAGCUGAAGCUGUGUCAUCAAGAUUGUUCAUUGUCGCAGGGGGAGACAUGCCAUUCCAGGGGACAUCGACAGAAUUGAGGAAACAAUUCAACUGCGGUUAUAUUUUGAGGGUCGAAAGAGAGGACGGAACGGUCGGUCCUGUCUUAGAUAUUGCUAAGAAUAUUAUACCACAGAGCAUAAUGGCUGAUGACAGGAAAGACACGGUUAUUGUGCCUGUUGAUAGAAAGGCGUCAAUUCUGUUGGAAGAACUCGAUAAAAGAAAGGAUGAACUCGGAAUUAAGUCAUAUAGUUUCAGUGUUGAACAGUUGGAAGAUACGUUGAUCAAAAUGAUACAACACGCUGAAGCAGAAAUUAAUAUGAAUCAUUAA